AUGAUAUAUAAGCUGUGCGGAUCCACAGCCGGCAUUGCCGAAAAGAUGACUCCACGCAUAACUAUCAUCAUGAAGUUCUCAUACGUCGACCUCGUCGUGUCCCUCCUGGUCAUCGCCGGCGCCCAGGAGAAGAGACGUCUUCAAGAGAGCUUACACGGCCCCGAGUUGGUGAAACUCGAACCAUUGGAUGGAUUGGUGAAACACGAGGAGAGAAGUGUCGAAGACAGAUUCUUUAAGGACCUGAAGGAUUUCGAACUGCCUCAACUAGGACGAGGUCGACGGGAAGGACAAGAGGGGCUGGAACCCCAAGAUCGAGAGGGACUGAAAGGCCACAAUGGACAGAAACCCACAGAUCAAGAGGGGCUCGAAAGUCAAAAUGGACGGGAACGCCUAGAUCCAGAGAGACUGGAAGGCCAGAAGAUGAAUGGACAAGGAAGACCACAAAAGGUGCAUCAGGGCGCUGGAACUGAAAACGUAUAUAAUGCGGGACCAAAGAGCUCAAACGGCAUCCACCGAGAGGAUUCUCCACACACAACGUUCAUCAUGAAGAUCGUUUACGUUGGACUCCUGGUGUCUCUCCUGGUUCUCGUCAGCGCCGAGGAGAAAAGAAGUCUUGAAGAGAGCCCAGAUGGCCUCGAGCUUGUGGACUCCGAGGUUGGAAGUCCCGAAGCCAGAUUCCUGGAAGAUCUGACUGAACUGGAGCUGCCGCAACUUGGUGCGUUGAACAACGUCAGAGGAGGCCGAGAGGAACUGGGAGGCCAAGAGGGACUGGAAGGCCAAGAGGGACUGGAAGGCCAAAUGGGAGUAGAAGGCCAGGAAGGCGAGGGAAGAGGACCACAACGGUUGCAUCACGUUCCUUUCAGGAGAAAAGAAGUCUUGAAGAGAGCCCAGACGGUGCUUUUCCAGAGCAACGUCAGAGGAGGCCAAGAGGUACUGGGAGGCCAAGAGGGACUGGAAGGCCAAAUGGGAGUAGAAGACCAGGAAGGCGAGGGAAGAGGACCACAACGGUUGCAUCAGAGCCCUAGUGCUGGCUAGCAGAAUGCC